AGAGACUGGGAAGUCUCGGGGUGAGAAUGUUUCCUGUGAUGUGCUGAUCUGGACACAAGGACACACAUGCAACCUCUGCCAAGGCUCGAACUAGCAACCUUCAGAUCUCUAGAUGAACGCCUUAACCACUUGGCCACGCGCCAACACAUGUGAUAGUAGAACACAAAAGAAAGCACAAUGUUUCCCUUUAAAUUAUCCUGGUACCAAUUUGUUUGUUAUUCCUGGAAAUGUGUUCAGUACAGUUGUUGCUAACAAGGUGUACAUAAGCAAUCUCAGGAAUGAUCGGCUUUAUGUAUGAGGAGCAUUUGAUGGUUCUGGACCUGUGCUCAAUGGAGUUCAGAGGGAUGGUGGGGGUGGUGGAGGGAUGUAUGGUUAAGUAAACCUACUGAAUGCUGAAAAGCCUGGAUACAGUGGACAUGGAGUGGAUGUUUCCAUUAGACAGCGAGUCUGUGAUCUGACAGCACUGUCUCAGAGUAAAGAUGCUUCUCUUUAAAACUGAGAUGAGAAAAAAUAAAUUGGCCUUAAGGUGUCUGAUCUGUGGAAUUUGUUGCCACAGAGGUUGGUUGAGGCUCCAAUUUGGAUAUAUUUGUGACAGAUUAAUAUAUUCAUGAUUGCUGAGUAGCUUCAGGUUUACAGGAGGAAGACAGGGAUAUGGUGUUGGAAUAAAAAUCAGCCGUGGUUGAAUGAUGGGCAGACCAGAUGUAUCGAAUCACCUAAUUCUGUCUUAUGUCUUACCAUGACUGAAUGAUGGCUCCUUCUUAUCCCAUAUCGUUCUGUGAGAUGUGAGGGACAAUAAAAGAUUGUUCACUGAGAUCGUUAAAUCUGCCUUCAGUGUUUAAAUUUCAUUAGACCUGUGGUGAGAGAUUUAUUGGAAGAAAAACACCAACUGGAGGCAAACCACGACUGAAGACGAGGGAACAGCAACAAGUGUACCAGCCCGAGGACUGAGAGCACCGACUGGAGAGAAACCAAUCUGACUCGGAGAUUCCAGUGAUUCAGUCAGGAGAAUGUUUGGUUAAAAUCGACCAGGAAUUUGUCUAUGGGAAUUCAAACUCAACACACCAGUUGUGCUGUCUCUGUCUAGAUAUUUAAGGAGCAAGAGAUUCAAUCAGCCAUCCUUCCUGCUCAGACUUUGCGGAGGGAUUCACUCGGUCAUCUGAUCAAUUGACACGUCCAUCAUUUUACACGGGAGAGACCAUUCACCUGCUCAGACUGUGGGAAUGGAUUCACUCGGUAAUCUCAACUGAAGCUACACACUGGGGAAGUCCAUUCAUCUAUUCUGUGAGUGGGAAGGGGUUCAGUCGGUCUUCCCACCUGUGGACACACCAGUCAGUUCACACGGGGCAGAGGCUGGUCAUCUGCUGAAUUUGUGGGGAAGGAUUCACUCGGUCAUCUGAUCUAAUGGCUCACCAGCGAGUUCACACCGGGCAGCGGCUGUUCGCCUGCUCAGACUGUGGGAAGGGAUUCACUUGCUCAUCUAAACUGAAGGUACAUCAGCGAGUUCACACUGGGGAGAGGCCAUUCACCUGCUCAGACUGUGGGAAGGGAUUCACUUGCUCAUCCACACUGAAGGCACACCAGCGAGUACACACAGGGGUGUGGCCGUUCACCUGCUCAGAAUGUGGGAAGGGAUUCAGUCAGUCAUCUGAUCUACAAAAACACCAGCGAGUUCACACUGGGGAGAGGCCGUUCAUCUGCUCAGACUGUGGGAAGGGAUUCAGUCAUUCAUCCACCCUACACAGUCACCAACGAGUUCACACUGGGGAGAGGUCAUUCACCUGCUCAGAUUGUGGGAAAGGAUUCAGUCAUUCAUCCACCUUACAGAGACACCAGCGAGUUCACACUGGGGAAAAGCCAUUCACCUGCUCAGAAUGUGGGAGGGGAUUCACUCAGUCAUCUGAUCUACAAAACCACCAGCGAGUCCACACUGGGGAGCGGCCAUUCACCUGCUCAGUCUGUGGGAAGGGAUUCACACAGUCGUCCAAACUAUUGGCACACCAGUCAGUUCACACUGGGGAGCGGCCGUUCACCUGCUCAGACUGUGGGAAGGGAUUCACGCUGUCAUCUAAUCUACUGAGACACCAGCGAGUUCACACUGGGUAGAGGCCGAUCACCUGCUCAGUCUUUGGGAAGAGAUUCUCUCGGCCAUCUCCACCAAAUGUGCAUGAUUGUCAAGUCAAAUUUGAGUUUCAGGAAGGUAUCAAGGAAGAGCAAGAAUUCACUGGCAGAGAGGACGGAACCUACUGUCUGAGGGCGGUUUCUGCCCAGAACAUUUGGGCGGACCCCGCAACGUCACAGUGGCAGUCCGAGAGCAGCGUCACAACCCGCGGUAAGAUGCCGAACUUUAAAUAAUUGUUGAUACUGUUUCAGGGAAAGGAACACUGCUGUCACUGCGUUUGGUUUAACUCCGCCAUCGGGAUCAUCGCAUGCAGGCACUUCUUGAAAAUGGCGCAAGGCUUAAGAAGUGCUUGCGAACCUUCGAGAGAGUUCACCCAGUUUGGAAUCAUAACGGUCCAGUAGAGAAACGGAGGUGCACGUCCAAAAUUGUCUCCGAAGUCCGAGAGGCAGCCAGUUUUUCACCUAAUCCUAAUGCUGAUGCUACUGCUACUGCCACUGCCUUAUGACUAUCCUUGACUAGACUAAUGACUGACAUGACUGAUUAUUUAUGACUACUGACUAAUAACUAAGAACUAUGAAAUGCCACACUUGUGAAAAUAAAAAUAAAAAAUGGAAAAGAAGGAAAGUUGUUUGGUCAUUGAAUGGAAUCCGGUUAAAACCUUCGGGUAUUCAGUCCCGUUCGAGUGUGGAAGCUGCACAUGUGCAAAGGGAGCAGUGAAAAUACUGCUUGACAAAACUGUUUGACUCGGAAACUGGAGGACCAGGAAACAGAAAUCUGUGAGCUUUGAGCUGGGACAGCAAGAGCAAUAAACUGUAGUCCUGAAAAAGGAAGGAAGGAGAAAGGAGGAUGCUGAAAUACUAACACCAACGGCGUUGGGCUUUUCCUCUAAUUUUCCCACGCCAGCCAUCAGACUGAAACCGACGGCCCUUCCCAAGUUUCCUGGCAGCAGACGUGAUUUUCACAGGUGGAGAAAGGACUGGGAAGCACUCCAGAGGCAGGGAGAGCCGACCGGUGCAAGAGAGGUGAAAAAGAUUCAACUGCUGGACAGUCUUGACCACAAAGUCAGAAGAGACCUUCGCCUCAAAACUUAUAAAACUGCAGAUGUCAUCUUUCGUGUUCUAGAAAACCGCUAUGGAAAUCGAGCGUGGAAAUCGGAAAUGGAUAGUAUUGGUGCAGCAUGCGAGCCAAAAUGCGGGGGUUGCGGCUGCGGAAACUGCCAGCCGGGCGGCAAAGGAAUGACUCUUGCUGAAGAGAGGGAACUUGUAUACAAAUUCAUAUACAAAAAAAAAUCAAAGCAAUAGUGAUAAGGGAGAAAGAAAGGCAUGAAUAUUGACUUCUCUAACUUCCGUUAAUGCCCCUCCUCCCCUUCUUACCCCAUCCCUGACAUACUGAGUUGCCCAUCAUGCCACCUGUUCUCUAUCUCCCUCUGGUGCUACCCUCCACCUUUCUUCCUCCCUAGGCCUCCUGUCCCAUGAUCCUUUCCCUUCUCCAGCUCUGUAUCACUUUUGCCAAUCACCUUUCCAGCUUUCAGCUUCACUCCACCCGCUCCGGUCCUCUCCUAUCAUUUCACAUUUCCCCCUCCCCCACCUACUUUCAAAUCUCUUAGUACCUUUCCUUUCUGUUAGUUCUGACGAAGGGUCUCGGCCAGAGCUUCUCCCUAUAGAUGCUGCCUGGCCUGCUGUGUUCCACCAGCAUUGUGUGUGUGUUGUUUGAAUUUCCAGCAUCUGCAGAUUUCCUCGUGUUUGCACAAUACUUCACAUUAUGGAUCAUAUAUACAAAAAAGUAAAAUCAAAGCAAUAGUGAUAAGCGUGGACGCUGAAAAGGCAUUUGAUUCGGUUAAUUGGAAAUUUCUUUACAGAGUUUUACAUAGAUUUGGUUUCCAUAACAAUUAUUAAAACUAUACAGGCACGAUAUGACAACCCUACUGCUAGGAUUAAAAUCAAUGGAUAUUUAAUCAAAUAGUCUUACCCUAGAAAGGGUCACAAGACAGGGUUGUGAAUGGUCAGCACUACUCCUCGCGUUUUAUCU